AUGAAGACGCGGGCGACCACUCAAAUAGCGAGAAAAUCGACCCGAUGGCUCCGAAGUAGCCCCAGUUUCGGCUAUACACGACCCUUUGCUUCGGCAGUGCCUCCGACAGAACAACGGAAACCAGAAGCCGUACCCCCAGAACUCAGCAGUGCGCCAUCACGGCCAUGGAAAAGCUCUAGUACCCAAGCUGGAUCUAUCAAGCCUACAUCAACAAGCCCUUCGUCGCAAUUCUACGUCCCCUCGGUUGUCAUUCCAGCUGAAGCAGCGAAAUCUGGACCAGUACAUAAGAUUCAUAUCCUGGGCGAAGAUGUUAGAUCAAGAUUCAUCGCCCACGCUCUAUGUAGCGUUUAUGAUUCCGUUGAGACGGUGCCACUUCGCGAGAUGCCCAAGUCAAGAUAUCGAAAUAUCGAAAAGGUUCAACCUGAACGGACAAGGAAGAAUGCAUAUGUCGAGAAGAAUGCAGCCAUCUCUGAGAACGAUGCUGCACCUCAAUCUGACCGCUCCCAUAUCGAUGAGUUGAUAGUUACCGGCCGUGGCUAUGAGGCUGUUAAAGCGAUCGCUUCAGUCAAGGAUCGAAUCGACGAUAAAACAUCGAUUUGUCUUCUUAACGACGGCAUGGGAGUGCUCGAGCAAGUCCGCGAACAACUCUUUAACGGAACCCAGCCUGAGCCCAAUUUUUACUUGGGCCAUAUGUCGCACGCACUCGCUUUCAACCGGAACAGGGAUUCUGUUAAGCAGCUAAGGAGUGGGCGAACAGUCUUCACCAAGGCCGAUCCGGUACUAAAUGUCGAGAAGGAGCUCUACAUCCCUGCUGAGCAGCAGCCUAGUAUGAUGCGCUCGCUGAGGAAGGCCAAAGAGCUCAACACAACCUUCAGUACUUUCGAGCAUUGGCUAAGGUUCAAACUACCCUCCGUUAUGUUCACGGCUGCUGUUGAGCCCGUUUGUGUGCUUCUUGACCUCCCAUACCAAGGUCUGUUGGAAAAUAGAAACGCUCAAAGGCUGAUGGAUCAGCUUCUAGGGGAACUGGCUCUAGUGACGGAGAACAUGCCGGAGGUCCAAGACUCGCCCGACCUCUUAAAGUUCCUCCGUGGAGAAGGCCUCAAAAGGUUCUGCUACCGUCGCAUCACAGGCAAGAGCAAAGCCCCCAGUGAUCUGCUGACACGCAUCAACAAGGGUCGGCAAACAGACAUUAACUAUCAAAAUGGAUACUUCUUGAAGCGGGCUAGGACUCUCGGCAUAGACACGCCCAGAAAUCAACUGAUGGUUCAGAUGAUUAAGGCCCGACGUAUUGAAGAAGUGAAAAGGUUGCAGUCUUUCAUACCCGUCCAGGAGGCAUCACCAGACAUUUUUAGGCAGAAGUUUCAGCAGCGCAUAUUGUAA